UACACAACCACUUAACAAACAGUCAAAAAAAUAAUUAUUAAAAUUUUAGGCUUUCUUCCUGUAGUGUCCCGGAUUGAGUCGUAUUUAUAAGCUUAGUUUUUUAGAAACAAAAUUUCAAAAGUGUAAUGAUGCCAGGCAGAUUAGGACUUUCCAUAAUGCAAGAAAAUCCAUUGUGGAUUUCUUGGCAUGAUUCUAACUGGAUACCAAUACUGAAUCCGACUAAUGUUAUGGAUUAUUUCUCGGAAAAAUCCAACCCUUUUUAUGACCGUACUUGCAACAACGAAAUUGUGCGAAUGCAGCGACAGAGUUUAGAUGUUUUAAAUAACAUGACUGGCGUUGAAUAUAUAUUAUUGCAUGUACAAGAUCCAAUUCUAUAUGUAAUUCGAAAGCAACAUCGACACAAUUCAAACGAGGCAACUCCUUUGGCAGAUUAUUAUAUAAUCGCCGGAACCGUUUACCAAGCGCCGGAUUUAUCCAGUGUUUUUAACUCCAGAAUACUGUCUACUGUACAUCAUCUACAGAGUGCUUUUGAAGAAGCUAGUUCAUUUUCGCGUUAUCAUCCAAGUAAGGGAUAUUCGUGGGACUUCUCUUCUAAUAAAGCAAUUACCGAAAAAAACCGAAGUGAAAAAGAGAAGGAUGUUCCUGCUAAGGAAGAGCCUAGUUCAAUUUUUCAAAGACAACGUGUGGAUAUGUUGCUUGCUGACUUACUGCGAAAGUUUCCUUUACCAUUACUCCAUAUGCAUCAACAGCAAAAUUCAUCUAAUGCAAAUCAAAAUGGGCUUACCAACACAAAUAUUGGCAACGAAGGUCCAUUUGAUAAUGGAUUAGAAUUUGCGAACGUUAAACAAGAAACUUUGGAGCAUGCAUCAAACAAUCAUAUUUCCAGUCCUAAUCUAGUUGCACAUGUUAGUAUUAAAGAAGAGGGUAGAAGUGACAUGAAACCUCCACCAGAAAAAAAAUAAAAUGUAACAAUUUCAAGUACAGCAGCAUGAUUCGCAAAUUGAGCCCAUGUUCCAACCAAAAAGCAUUUGAAUGUCAAAAUUCUAUCGAAUUUUCAAGCUUAGAAAUUUCUAUCAACUGUCAGUCGGCCCAAUUAGCGAAUCACGAUUCGAUAGUUGGAGCACAGACAAACAGACAUAACACUUGAAAGAAAAAUCAACAAAAAUUAUCGAAUCACACAUUUUGCCUGAACACUAGCACCAUCUAUGAUCGACAUUCCCAAAUAUCAAAUAGCAACAGGAGUAUCCCUCGAAAUAGCAAGUAUUUUUUAUGGGGCAUUCCCCUUCGUUCGUUAAAAAGUGCCACUUUGACCAAAACGGAGACAUUCUCAACUAAGCCCAAAUUUGAAAUGACGGCUUAAUCGGUACGAAGAAUGAAAAACGAGUGUCUGUUUGUCUGUGGUUCGAGUGCAAUCGUAACUCAAUUAACGAAUUUAGGCUAUAUAUGUUUACUUUACCAAUUUUUUAAAGUUAGCCAAUUUCUAAAGACAUGACACUCGUUUUCCAUUCUUCGUACCGAUUAAACCAUCAUUUCAAAUUUAGGCUUAGUUGGGAAUGUCUCCGUUUUGGUCGAAGUGGCGCUUUUUAACGAAAGAAGGGGAAUGCUCCAUAAAAAUACUUCCUAUUUCGAAAGAUACUCCUGUUGCUAUUUGAUAUUUGGGAUUGUCGAUCAUAGAUGGUGCUAGUGUUCAGGCUAAAUGUGAGGAACGAUCAUUUUCGUUGAUUUUUCUUCCAAGAGUUAUGUCUGUUUGUCUGUGCUUUCGGUGGUUUUUUCUUGGGUGUUUUUAGGCUGCGAACCAUUUCGCGAAAUUUUUUACUUUUCAGUUAAAAUUUGAAAGUUCAAUUUCAAUAGUUAUUUCUCCUCGAGUGGUUAAAAUUGCGAAAUGCGAACUAUUUCAUAUUUUGAAGGAUUGGUAGCUAUUUUACUUAAUAGGAGCAAAUAAGGUCAGGAUGCAGAUAUGUCUCUGCAAUAGCGAGUAUGUUUAUUCAACCUGGGUUAGAACUGGAUGAAUUUCUGGUGUUCAAUUGCUACUUUUUAAUAGAUAAAAUUCAUCUAAUUUCACCCCGUGUAGAAUAAAUCAAUUCGCUGUAAGAUAAGUAGGUAUCCAUCUGAGCAGGGAUGGUUCGAUCACUUUGACACAAUUUCAAUUCAUUUAACAGUACCCAGCGCAAAGUUAUAUAUGGGCCAUUUGUAGAACUACUGUAUUACCUGACUCAUAACGAAUAUAAGUGUUACUGAAAUAAAAUGAUAGGUACCUAUGGUUUUAUUCGUUUAUAACGUAUAUGGAUAUUCAGUUAAUACGAACAGCAAUCGGGUUGUUUGUAAGUUAUGUUUUAUAUUUGCUUUACAUCUGUAGUGUGUUGCAUGAAUAACACUCUAGUUUAAUAAAGAAAGCAUUACAUCACAGAACAGAAGUGGAAGACUGAACGAUUCGGCGAUCAAAACCGGUAACAGAGUCUUUUUCGUUUUUAUUUUUCUUUGAGAAGGUUUUCGCAAAGAAGCAAAUAACAGCAAUAUAAGCAGAACGCUCGAUGCCAAUCGCAUAGCAGCUUUCACAUGCUUUCGUGUGCAUUCGUAUGCGUUCGUGUGUUUUCGUGGAAAAAAGUGAC